CCAACUCAUUAGCAAUCAUAUCUUAAUACCAGAGCGAUAACAUUAACGAAGUUGUACCACAAAGACUUGACUACUCCUUCAGUAUUCGUCUGUCAAAAUGGUGAACGUUCUCAAGGGUGUCCUUGUAGAAUGGUAAAAUAUGUCGGUAGCAGUGCAUUGUCUCAUCUGCUGUAGGAAAAUAACUACAUCUGGAACUGCAUCAAGAUGUGACCACAGCUGGAAAGAUAUCAGAAAUAUUGCAAGGAUUACAGGAUCACUGUUUUUAGGAGGUUGUGUGUUUAUCACGUAUGAAAUCCAGUCCCUCAGAAAAGCCAUUACACUUGACACGCAAGCAGUCCAACAAGAGAAGUUGAAGUCAUAUAUCUAUGUGCACACUUUGGCAGCAGAUAAAAAUAAUUUGCAAGGAAUCACAAAUAAAUUAAGAAAAGAGUUUCACAAAACAACUAUAAAAGCUCUGGAAGCUUCAUCAAGACUGUUCAGGAAAGAAUAUGAUAGAGAAAAAUACAGCAAAUCAAACAUGGAGGACCACGAGCUUCCUCUUUGGCUUCUUUUGAAGGGCACACAGUCAACAGAUAAAAAAGUCAGAUUGGAAGCUGUCCAGAACAUGGCAGGAAUCCAUUAUUGGCGUGAUUACCAGUAUCGGACAGUGGCACAAGCAUGUGACAGAAGAACAACGGUUGGGUUAGCCAGGAGCAAAAAUGUAGACCUUCGAUUCUUCCUUCCUCCUCCAGCGCUGCCAAAAGUAGAUGAUAACUAUUACAUAGAGGAUGAGGUACGCCAGUUGCUGUCCUCCCUUCCACAGACAGUAGUUGACCAAUGUAUAAAGUAUUUUACGUCACUGGCAUUGAGAGAGAGCAGUCAGUCCCUAGUAGCCCAAAUGAGAGGAUUGUGGUGCUUUGGGGGAAAUGGACUACCAUAUGCUGAAAGUCUCAGUUCUGUUCCAUCUGAAAAACUGGAAGUAUACAGCCUACAGGCUUUAUUGAAACAUUCUAGGAUUUCUACCCAUGUUGACAGUAUAGUGUCAAACGGAGGGCUGCAGCUGCUGCAGAGAAUAUAUCUGCUCCGCAAGGAUUCUCAGAAAAUACAAAGGGGUAUAAUGCGUGUAAUUGGAAACCUGGCUUUACAUGAGCAUCUGCACUCAAGGAUAGUGGAUUCAGGCUGGAUUUCUUUGCUGGCGGAAGCAAUGAAAUCUCCUUAUGUCAUUCAGACAUCACAUGCUGCAAGAGCAUUGGCUAAUUUGGACCGGGAUACGGUUAGUGAAAAAUACCCUGAUGACGUUUAUGUGCUUUACCCACAACACAGGACAAGCCAGCCUAUAAAAGCAGAUGUUCUAUUUGUCCAUGGUCUGCUGGGAGCAGCCUUCAAAACCUGGCGCCAACAAGAUCGCGAUCAACCACUGGAUGAAAGUGCUGCUCAGGAAGAAGACUAUACAGAAUGUUGGCCAAAGGACUGGCUGGCAGUAGACAUACCUGCUUUAAGAAUUAUUUCUGUGGAAUACGACACUCAUCUAAGCGACUGGAAAGCAAAAUGCCCUGUAGACAAUGACAGGAAAUCUAUGGCUUACAGAAGCUCUGAACUCCUUAAAAAGCUAAAGAUGGCUGGUGUUGGUAAGCGGCCAAUAAUAUGGGUAUCCCAUAGCAUGGGAGGACUGUUAGUUAAAAAGAUAUUGGUAAAUGCAUCAAGGGAUGAAGAGAUGCAAGAUUUUGUGAAGAACACAAGAGGGAUUGCCUUUUACAGUGUUCCCCACCAUGGUUCUCGACUGGCAGAAUAUUCAGUUAAUGCAAGAUUGCUACUUUUUCCAUCUAUAGAAGUUAAGGAGCUUAGCAAAGAUUCCCCUGCACUGAAAAAGCUAAAUCAAGAGUUCAUAGAAUUUGCCAAAAACAAAGACUUCAAGGUUGUCAGCUUUUCGGAAACAUUGCCAACACGAGUAGGCAGCAUGAUGAAACUGCAUGUAGUUCCAGCAGAAUCAGCAGAUUUGGGUAUUGGUGAAAUAAUUUUUGUGGAAGUAAACCAUCUAAACAUCUGCAAGCCAAAGAGUAAGGACUCAUUCAUCUACCAACGUACUUUGAACUUCAUCAUUGAUGCCUUGGGUGCUGACCUUAGACAGUAGUUAUCCACUAAAAGCUCUCUUAAAGCGGAUCUGUAAUCUCUCCUGACAUGUCUGUUUUAGCAACUACAUGUAAUAAUUCUGGAGCAUCUAUUCUUAUGACUCUAUGUUGUGCCAUUCUCUUAUUAUUCCUGCUAGAAGUUAUGAAUUAAUUGCCAGCACUGA